GUGGCUUUGGGUGGUCCUUCUGCUGGGAACUGUAGCCUACUCCCAGAACAACAAGAGACCACUGUAUGGAACCAUCACAUCUCCCAAUUACCCCAAACCGUACCCCAACAGCAAUGAGAGCACCUGGAAUAUUACCGUCCAUGAAGGGUACCACAUUUCCCUCAACUUCUUGGUGUUUGAUAUUGAACCCUCUGAAAACUGUUACUAUGACUUUGUUAAGGUGAUGGCAGAUGGGAAGGAGCUGGGGCAAUUCUGUGGUUCAGUGAACUCCCUAACCAACCCUACGCGCCGACAGUUUGUGUCCACAGGAACCCAAAUGAGAAUUCACUUCCAGUCUGAUUUCUCCAACGAGUUGGAUGGGGACAUCGUUCCAUACAAAGGAUUCAUGGCCUUUUACCAGGCCAUUGACAAGGAUGAGUGUGCUCCUCCUAGUGAUAACAGUGCCACCUGGACCCCUCCUUGUGAACACGUCUGCCACAAUUAUGUGGGGGGAUAUUUCUGUUCCUGCUUUCCGGGGUACCACCUGCAGAGCGACAGCAGAUCCUGUAAAGUGGAGUGCAGUAGUGAGAUGUUCACAGAGGAGUCUGGGUUUAUCUCCAGUCCGGGUUACCCUGAGCCUUAUCCCCCAGACCUCAAGUGCAACUACAGCAUUCGCUUAGAGGAAGGCUUACAGAUAUCUCUCAGCUUUCAGAAACCCUUUGAGAUUGACUAUCAUCCCAAAGCCCGAUGCCCGUAUGAUACACUAGAGGUGUUUGCCGGUGAUAUGAUGUUGAAUAGUUUCUGUGGAAGUGACUCCCCAGGGAUGGUUAUGACUCGGAGCCAUACUGUAGACAUUGUAUUUGAAACUGACGACUCUGGAGACAGCAAAGGUUGGAGCCUGCACUACACGUCGGAGGCGAUUCCGUGCCCCAACCCCAAGGCCUGGGACAAGUACACCAUCAUCAGCCCCAAGCAGAAUAUAUACAGAAUGAGAGACUACAUUGUCGUAACUUGUCAGACUGGAUACAAAAUCAUGGAGGACAGGAAAGAGCUCGGCAGUUUCAGCACAAUUUGCCAAAAAGAUGGUACCUGGCAUCGCCCAAUCCCUCGUUGUGAGAUUGUGACCUGUAAAGAUCCUCCAGUUCUGACCAAUGGACAAUACAAAUUCCUGACGGCACCAGGCAACCUGGAAUACGAAUCCGUUAUUCAGUAUCACUGUAACGAACCUUACUACAAAAUGGUAACUGCUAAAGACAGUGACACAUUCACAUGUUCAGCCCAGCGACAGUGGAAAGAUGAAAGUGGAGGAAAUAAGAUCCCAUUGUGCAUACCAGUGUGCGGGAAGCCAGAUAAUCCUGUGACAAAUUUCGGCCGUAUCCUUCAUGGUAAAAAAGCUGCUCCAGGAAACUUCCCUUGGCAGGUUUUUAUCUCAAGAAUGGGACGUGCAGGAGGGGCCCUCAUUGGGGAGCACUGGGUGCUCACAGCAGCCCAUGUUUUGCAACCAGAGAAUGAAGAGAAGGAAGACAAUGACCCAACUAAAGUGCAUAUCUUUAUGAGGAGUUUGGAUGUAAACCAACUGCUAAAAAUCGGAAACUACCCAGUUGAGGCAUUCUAUGUCCACCCUAAAUACCGCAGGGGACGCUAUGACAAUGACAUUGCUCUUAUUCGCCUGAAAAAUCCAGUGGUCAUGGACGAAAAUGUGUCUCCAGUCUGCCUUCCUAGCCCAGAGGAUGAAGAUGACAUUUACCAGAACCAUAGGAAUGGCUAUGUAAGUGGAUACGGACAGACCGAGAACCGCACCAUUGCCAAUGAACUCCGCUAUGUUAGUGUGCCUGUCGUAAGCUGGUCGGCCUGUGAGACUUAUGUUAAUGACAAAAAGCUGAAAGUGAAGGACGUCUCUGAAAGGCAGAAAUAUAGUUUAACCAGAAACAUGUUCUGUGCCGGAUUCCCUGAGGAAUCUCUUAAUAAAGGUGAUUCGUGUCAAGGCGAUAGUGGUGGGGCCUAUACUACCCCAAAUAGACAGGAUACCUGGGUGGCCACAGGGCUUGUUUCAUGGGGCAUUGGCUGUGGCCAGGGCUAUGGAAUCUAUACCAAGGUCAGUAAUUACCUGGACUGGAUAAAGAGCUACACAGAAAAGGAUGAAUAGUGUCAGUGUUUUAUAUCAAGACAAACAUUGUAUGUUAAUUGCAGAGACCUACAUGUGUCCGUUUCCUCCCCUCCCUCUGGGUGACAGAGAAUAAUCACUGGGGGGAUAAAAUAGUCUACUGGGGAAUGGAAUAAAAGAUGCAAAAGUUGCUGUUGGUCAAGGCAACCAAUCAGAUGUUUGUCCUCAACGCUGCGAAAUAUGUUGGCGCUAUAUAAAUACAUGUUAACAAUGUUAAUAAACAUAAAAUUCUGCUAGGUCUUAGAACUUAGGUCUGCUGUUAUUUUUACCCAUUUGUGUUAUUAUCGUAUCUUGUUUUUUGCACAAAAGAGAAAAUAAAGUGCAGAUUCACUUAAAAGAAAAUGAAA